UAAAAAGGUCCAGAAGUCUCUCCUCUCUCUCCACUCGUUUUGACAGAGAGAGUAGAGAGAGAAAGUAGACGGUGAGCUCAGAGAUCGGCGACCAUGGCUUCUUCAACCGAACGUGACAACUUCAUCUAUGUCGCUAAGCUCGCCGAGCAAGCCGAGCGUUAUGACGAAAUGGUGGAUGCUAUGAAGAAGGUAGCAAAGUUGGAUGUUGAACUGACUGUUGAAGAGAGGAACUUGCUCUCAGUUGGGUACAAGAAUGUGGUGGGAUCACGUAGGGCGUCAUGGAGAAUAUUGUCUUCAAUCGAGCAGAAAGAGGAAUCCAGAGGCAAUGAAGUGAAUGUGAAGCGUAUUAAGGAAUACAGGCAGAAGGUUGAAACCGAAUUGACUGACAUUUGUAAUGAUAUCAUGGUUGUGAUUGAUGAGCAUCUGAUUCCAUCUUCAUCUGCUGGUGAAUCCACUGUUUUCUACUACAAAAUGAAAGGUGAUUAUUAUAGGUAUCUUGCAGAGUUCAAGACUGGCGAUGAUAAGAAAGAAGCAGCUGAUCAGUCGCUGAAGGCUUAUCAAUUGGCUUCCACGACCGCAGAAGCUGAUCUGGCACCUACUCACCCCAUCAGGUUGGGUUUGGCUUUGAACUUUUCAGUGUUUUAUUAUGAGAUCAUGAACUCUCCUGAAAGGGCCUGCCACCUUGCAAAACAAGCUUUUGAUGAAGCUAUCUCAGAGCUUGAUUCCCUGAGUGAAGAAUCAUACAAAGAUAGCACCUUAAUAAUGCAGCUCUUGAGGGACAACCUCACUUUGUGGACUUCAGACAUUCCAGAGGAUGGAGAAGACCAAAAAAUGGAGAUCACCAAAUCUGGAGCAGAAGAUGCAGAGUAAAGUUGUAUGACGACAGUGUUGCAUCCUUGUACAAGUGGACUAAGAAAGGAUGAUGAAUGUUAUUUGUAAGAUUGAAUUCUAAAGCAGUGAUUUGAGAUAUGAUCAAUUUAGGUUUGGUUUGUUUGGCUAUUGGUUAAAUGGUUUCGGGCCCCUUAUUCAUUAAAGACAUUAUAUCAGUUAGGGUUUCCUUUUUUUUUUCUUUCAUGUGAAUGGUUCUUAUUUCUUCAGUUUGCUUCUUUAAUGAUUCUUACUCGUGAAUUAAUUUCAGUUAGUUCUGUUUGAUUUA